CUCCCUGCAAACGUGCUCAGACGCCUCCGGGCAUGUUGUGGUCUCGCCAGUCUGCGGGCGAGCUCUCCCAACUCAAUGGACAAUGGAGCUCACCCCUGUCACCGCCAACUACAAAGCUCAAGAGGGUCAUUUCCCUUUUCCUGCCCAGAUGCUGUUUUGCUCCUUCCAGGCAGGGUCCUGUGUUCGACGACAGCCCCAGUCCUCCUUCCCCACCUGCAGAGCUGCUGAACCCCUCGGCCUCCAAAUAAGUUGUACCACACCUCGCAGGCCAAAAGGAGACCCCGGCCAGGGAGCCCGGUGAGAGGCUCCGGCUUCCCAGUUCAGGGACUCACUCGCUGGUAUAUUUCCGCCUGGGCCUUUCGGAUCCUGGCCCUGGCGUCCCUGAGUUUAUCUCAGUUGGGUACGUGGACUCUCACCCUAUCACCACAUAUGACAGUGUCACUCGACGGAAGGAACCUCGGGCCCCGUGGAUGGCAGAAAACCUGGCACCUGAUCACUGGGAGAGGUACACUCAGCUGCUGAGGGGCUGGCAGCAGACGUUCAAGAAGGAGCUGAGGCACCUGCAGAGGCACUACAAUCACUCAGGGUUUCACACUUACCAGAGAAUGAUUGGCUGUGAGUUGCUAGAGGAUGGAAGUACCACGGGAUUUCUCCAGUAUGCAUAUGAUGGACAGGAUUUCAUCAUCUUUAAUAAAGACACGCUCUCCUGGGUGGCUGUAGAUAACGUGGCUCACAUUACCAAGCGGGCAUGGGAGGCCAAUCAACAUGAGUUACAAUAUCAAAAGAACUGGCUGGAAAAAGAAUGCAUUGCCUGGCUAAAGAGAUUCCUGGAAUAUGGAAAAGAUACCCUACAAAGAACAGAACCUCCAGUUAUCAGAACAUACCGCAAAGAAACUUUUCCAGGGAUUACAGCUCUCUUCUGCAGAGCUCAUGGCUUUUAUCCCCCGGAAAUCUCCAUGAUGUGGUUGAAAAAUGGGGAAGGAAUCACCCAAGAAGCAGAUUAUGGAGACAUCCUUCCCAGCGGGGAUGGGACGUAUCAGACAUGGGUGUCUGUUGAGCUGGAUCCUCAGAGCAGUGACAUGUAUUCCUGUCGUGUGGAGCACUGUGGCCUCCAGAUGGUUGUUCAGGGUCCCCAGGAAUCAAAAGUCAGGCUUCUGGUGAUACAAGCUGUGCCUGCGGCCCUGGGGCUCAGCAUUGUCCUGUUUGGAAUUGGCAUUUGGGCCUGGAAAAGAAGACCUCAAGAGAAAAAUGGAGUUAUCUACCAUCCUGCGUCAGAUCAAUGAUUAUAAUUCUUCCCAGGAACCUUGGUGUGUUUAUUGAUCAGCCUUCCCAUUGCUGGAACAAAAAAAAGGAGGAGAGGUUUAUUUUGGCUCACAGUUUCAGUCCAUGGUUGGCAGGCUGCAGAGCAGGAACAGCAUAGCAAAAGGCAUGGCACGCACGGCACAGGAAAGAUGUUCAACUCAUGGCAUCUGGGAAGCAGAGAGCAAGGGGCCAGCUACCAGAUAUGGUCCCCAUGGUCACUCCCUCAUGACCCAUUCUGACAUAGCAAAAGUGUUCCUUAUUAAUCUCCCAGGCAGUCUCCACUCAAUCAAGAUGAACUGUCACACGUAUGACAACUACCAAAUAUUUGACAACUGUCAAAUGUCCUCUGUCCAUUACACACUUAAGACCAGUGGUUGAAGCUCCUGACCACACCCACUGCAUGCUUGGGUAUUAUGGGAUUGAACAUGUAUGGCAGAAUAUAGAAACUACUAAAUUUUCUUCGUUAUUUGGACCAUCAGCUUCAGGCUUUUCUGAUGGACUCCUUUAUCAUGUUUGGUUUUAAAAACAAUUUGUUUUAUGACACAAAGAUUCCUUACAUCCCAUUUCUCAGUGAUGAUUCAUGAAUCUCAGCCUACUGUUUUCUUGAACGCUGAGUGCAGAAUACCUUCAGACACCAUACAAUGGCCUUUCUCAUUCAUCUCCUUGUUUGAGAAUAUUUAUUAUGCAAGAGCUUUGAAUGUCAUGGGUACUUUGACAGUGACUCCAUGGAUAAGGUUAGACUGCCUAUGAGAACAGUCAGCAAGUUUCUACAACAGCCUGUGAAUGGCUUGGUCAUUUUACACAUAUUCUGGCCUGGGAGAAAGCAGAUGUGGCCUGUUUGGUCUGGUAGCUUGGAAUAUAGAAAGUAAGCCUCACAGGGAUCAGACAUACUGUCACCUCCAGUGGAACUACAGAGACCUAGAUCUGACUGUAAUACUUGAAUAAUAUAUACCAGGUACGAUGGUGCAUGCUUGUAAUCCUAGGAUUCAGAGAGGCUGAGGCAAGAGGAUUACAAUGAAUGAGACAUUACCUGAAAAUAAAAAGCUGAUGAGGUCUGGGGAUGUAGCUCAGUGUGGAGGUGCUGUGUUCAAUCCCUGGUUACCUACCUGACAAGAUAGUGUUUAUGUCUCGAAGAUUAAAGUGUGUGUGUGUGUGUGUGUGUGUGCGCGCGCGCGCGCACGCGCGCGUUGGCAAUGGAAUUCAGGGCCUCAGGCACACUAGGUAAACUCUCUGCCACUGAACUCUACAUACCCCAUCUCAGAUAGUUCAAUUGUAAUUCCUUUCCUGUACUGUCUUAUUGUAGGAAGGCCCAAUUCACCCUCAUACCUAUAUUUCCUAUCAUAUAUACACUGGGAAUAAAUAAAAAUCCCAUUCAAGAAUUAGCAUCCCAUUGCUCCUCCUUACCCUCCCCAAUCCCUGGAAGUCCUCGUGUUCUAUCUCGCUGUUUGUAGCUGCUCAUCUUACAUUCAUCUGUCCUAUUACUUACCUGUUUGACAGCGUGUAUUGAUCUUGGCGCUUACUUUAGUGCUCCCAGUUUUCAUAACUGGCUUUGAAUGUGUACCUCAGGUAUACACAUUUGAAUGUGUACCCCUGCUCUCCCUUGACUUCAACUGUGAUUUUAAUCAUAAAGCCAUAGAUCAAAACCCUAUCAGUGUUCAAACCUCUAAGAACCCAUUUCCAGGCUCACUCCUCUCCACCAUCCCCAGCUAAUUCCAUGGAUUCAACUGCACUGUGCAUCUCUCUUUUCCAGUGCCUUUUGGGUCGCAUAGGAACACAAUUGUGUUUGGUCUGAUUUUAGGGUUGCCAUGGGCAGUUUCUAUGCUGUUUUCUAAACUAAACUAUGUGGCAUUGUGAAGAAAACACAUGCAGUUUAUUUCUGGAAUGGUUUCCUACGGCAGUCAGAAGAGUUGGAAUGUAACAUAUUUUUGGGUGGGUACUUAAAUGAUGCAGGUGAUAUGGCUACAUAGGUGUCUUGAUGCCCCACCUGCAUGGUGCUCCCUUCAAAGGCAUGAUGCCAGCAGUCUCUUUGAGGUCCUAGAGCCCUGACCGAUUCCCAAAUAGAUGAAGAGGCAGCAAAAAUGAUAGAUGAGGUAUUAUAAAGAGAUAUGUUGGACUGGGGAUUUAGCUCAGUAGCAUAAGUGCCUGCUUGGCAAGCACAAGGUCAUGAGUUCGAUCCCCUGUACCCCCCCUUCCCCAAAAAUGGUGAAUGUCGAUUUUUUUUAAAAAAAUUAUUACUGUAAAAGACAUGUUGCCGUUACCCCUCCCAGAUACUCUCCCUUGCUUUGAUUACACUGAUCCCAUCACUCUUGCCACUUUCAGAAACAGUUCUGGAGGCCCUCUUUUGUUUUGUCUUUUUUUUUUUUUUUUAACUUUUUAUCGGUACCGGGGAUCGAACUCACAACCGCCUGCUUGCAAGGCAGGUGCUUAUGCCACUGAGCUAAACCCCAGCCCCGGCCCUCUUUUGUGAGGAUCUUUAAUUGUGCCUUGAUGUCCUGAAUAGAUUUUAAAUGUUUACUUUAGCUGGACAUGGUGACACAUGCCUGUAAUUCUAGCACUCGGGAGGCUGAGGCAGAAUUACCAUGAGUUCAAGGACAGCCUGGGCUACAGGUGAGGUUCAAGGCCAGCCUAUACUAGGUGAGACUCUGUCAAAAAAAAAAAAAAGAAAGAAAGAAAGAAAGAAAGAAAGAAAGAAAGAAAAGAUAAGAAAAAAGAAAAGAAAAAGAAAAAAGUUUAUGGUCAUUUUGAUUUGAGAGAAGAGCCAGAAGUUACAUGGUACCCAAUCAGGUUAAUAGGGUGUGGUAAAGGAUGGUUUGUGUUUUGUUUGACAAAAAUUGCUGUAAAAUUUAUCAAUGAUGGAUGUUAAAAAAUGGUGAAUGUUUAAAUUUAAAAAAUUGUUAAAGGACACAUUGUUAUUACUCCCUCUCAAAAUACUCAAACCUCUCUCACUUCAAACGCCCUUAUCUCAUCAUUUUGGCAAUGUGUCUUUUACUGCAAGAACUAUUUUUAAAAAUGGAAGCCUUAGGGGCUGGGGAUUUAGCUCAGCGGCAUAAGCGUCUGCCUUGCAAGCACAUGGUUGUGAGUUCGAUCCCCGGUACCAAUUAAAAAAAAAUGGAAGCCUUAAUUAUAUUUUCUCAGUCAUCUGUCCUAUGCACUUGCUGCAUUUCCGCUUCUCCCCAGAGGGGGUGGGGUUAUAAUGUAAAAAAUGACAAAGCAGUGAUUUUUUUUUAAAAUACCUAAAGUUUAAGCUUAGGGAUAUCACUCAGCAGAACACUUGCCUAACAUAGUUAAUGCCCAGCACUGCAAAACAAACAAAUAAACAAAGAACCUAAAUUUUUUGAAUCAUCAUUUUAUUGUAGGUAACUAAAAUUUGUAUUAUUUCUUUUAUUUAUUUAUUUUUUUUUUGUCUUCUUCCUUUUUAUUGUUACCAGGGAUCGAACUCACGACUGCCUGCUUGCAAGGCAGGCGCUUAUGCCGCUGAGCUAAAUCCCAGCCCCUUGUAUUAUUUCUUAAUAAUUUUAGGCUUGUGAUUUCACUAAUUCAUGUUUGUUAAUUACAGAUGCUUAGUAAUCAGAAUCUAUGAACUAGUUGAUACCAUGAUCUAAAUGUUAAAAAUAAAGAGUAUGCUAUUACUACACUUCA